CCCCUCCCCUUCCCGAUCUUCCCCGCGAGCUUCGCGUGGACUAGUGAGCGCUGUGAAUAUGUAUAAAUAGGGGGCCGCAAGCGAGAUUAGCAUAACCAACUACUCUUGUGAAACUUCACCUCGAAGAUCAUCACAGUUCUCGUGGUUCUUGGAACGUUGCGUUGUUGUUGAGUAGGCUCGUCCUGUGUUACAGUUUCUUGUUUCCUCUCGUUUAUUUACGAAACAGAAAUCAAAAUGGUGGUCGCCAAGGUAUGGAAGACAGAGAAGCCCUUCGAGGGUACCCCACAGCUCUCCGACUUCAAGCUGGUGGAAGAAAAACUGGCCGACACUCUUAAAGAGGAUGAGAUCCUGAUUGAGGCUGUUUACUUUACUGUGGAUCCCUACAUCAGAGUCCUGGAGCUCCCCACAGGAUUGCCCGCUGAGCAAGUUGCCAGAAUCGUGGACUCCAAAGCCAAAGACUUCCCCAAAGGCUCCCUCGUCCUCGCCCACGUUGGCUGGAGAAGCCACGCCAUCAUCAACGUCAAAGAACCCAUGAACUUGGGCUACAAACCCGCCAUUGUGCCUCAGGUGGCUGGACUCUCUCCCUCCCUGUGGCUCGGAAUCAUCGGCAUGCCCGGAGUGACCGCCUACAUGGCCUUCCUGGAACGCUGUGACCCCAAACCUGGUGACGUAGUCGUCGUCAGCGCAGCUUCCGGUGCCGUGGGCAGUGUGGUGGGACAGCUGGCUUUCUCCAAGGGCUGCACAGUGAUUGGCUCUGCUGGGUCCAAGGAAAAAUGUGAAUGGCUGAAAUCCCUGGGCUUCCAUCACGUGUUCAACUACAAGGAAAUUACACCUGUAGAUGCUCUGAAGAAAUACGCCCCUGAGGGUGUGGAUAUCUACUAUGACAACGUGGGAGGAGAAUUCACCGAAGCCGUCCUCAACAGCCUCAGGCCAAACGCCCGUGUCCUCAUCUGUGGUCAGAUCGCUGACUACAACAGGAAGAGGGACGAAGUGCCCAACCCAUACGUGAAAAUCCUGAUGGCUGAGGCCAAGGUUCAAGGUUUCCUGAUCUUCAAACAUCUGGACGACUUCCCCAGAGUGAGGAAAGAACUGACAGCUCUUGUGCAGCAGAAAAAACUUCAGCCCAAGGAGACAGUGACCAACGGAUUCCAGAACAUGCCCCAAGCAUUCCUUGACCUCUUCAAGGGGGCUAACUUCGGAAAAGCCAUCAUCAAAGUCUGAACAAAAUGGAAGAGUUCCCGCCCUUGAAUGCCAAAUUUUAAAAAAUGUCAGCCAUGUUGGUGGCUGUUGAUGAUUGUUAUGUAAUGAAUUAUGCCAGUGGAACAACAACAACCGCGGGGAUAAGGCACGAUAGUUCUAUCUGCAGAAGUAAUAAUAAAUAACAAUAAUUAUAAUUGUUUUGGAAAAAUGAGAUGAAACUUUAGUUUCGAAAAUGUGAUGAUUAUAAAGUGAGUUACCGGAAGCCUAUUAUUAUUCACUUUCCAUGCCGUUACUAAGGGAGAUUCGGAUAAAUUGAAAGAAAUGAAAGAAAAAUUGUCUUUCUAUUACUAUUAACAAACGCAGUCUGAAAAUAGAGCGAUGUCUCCAUUUUGUUGUUGUUGUUGCAGAUACGAUGUUUAUGCUUUACCCUCGUGACGUGUAGCGAUGGGUCACCCAUCUCUAUCCCCCUACCGUUGUACGCAACCAUAUUUAUUGUACUUUUGCACAUUUCUGUUCAUUUUAUGAAAUAAAUCACAUUUGUUUACAUAAUUUA